AUGAGCGAAGCUCAGCCGUGGGUCUCUCCUCCGGCGCCGCAACCACCGGACCCUUCAGCUGGACAGCGCAGACCCCCGUCGGCGUCUUCCUCACCAAAUGGUAAAGGAGACCGGGAGACUCAGCACACAAAGAAGAAGUCCCAAUCAAUGUGCUCCAACACACUUUUCGCCGCCGACGAUUUGAUAAAGGACCUUACGACAACCGAGUCUGAAGCUACAGCGGAUGUAACGGCUCCGCUAGGUUCGACGUUGCAGCCAAAGAUCCCUCCCUCGGCAUGA